UCAAAGUAUUGUUCGCCAGUUUACUUCGAAAAUUCAGACGAUGAGCUUGUUGAAGAGUACAAUGUGUCGCAUCCUAACCUCAGUCGUUUUCUUAUCCUUAGUGAUUUCAAUACUGUGCAGCUAUUCAAUGGCACAAGGUGGAUCCGAAAACAAUAGCGAAAGUAAAUGCGCAAACAAUACGGAAGUAAAUACAAAUUGUCAUUUCAAAAAAGGAUCACCCAAGCCGUCCUUUCCAAAUGAUGGUAAAUUACGUUUGUAUUCGAUGCGUUUUUGUCCAUAUUCUCAUCGUGCACAUCUCGUGUUGAAUGCCAAAAAUAUUUCAUAUAAUAUUGCCUACAUCAAUUUGGUCAAUAAACCAGAAUGGUUUUAUCAAGUGAAUCCACGGGGUCAAACACCGACUUUAAAUUUAAUCAACGAACCAAAUCAACCAUUUUUAAUUGAUUCCAUGAUAAUUGUUGAAUAUUUGGAUGAAAAAUUUCCUGAAUUGAAACUAUAUCCGUCUGAUCCAUUGGAAAAAGCACAAACCAAAUUGUGGAUUAAACGUUUCAACACGCUUGAUGUCGCUUACCAUAAAUUGGCUUAUAAGAAAAACGAAGACGAUGUUAAUGAACAAUUGUUGAACACAAUCUACGUUGAACUUGAAACCUACGAAACGGAAUUGAAAAAACGUGGAACAAACUAUUUUGGCGGUGCCACACCGGGGAUACUUGAUUACGCAAUUUGGCCGUGGUUUGAACGAUUGGGCAUUUUAGAAGCUAUCGUUGGAGAUAAAUACAAUUUUGACGAUAGAUUCUCGAAAUUGAGUCAAUGGGUUCAGUUGACCAAAGAAGAUUCGGCUGUUAAAAAGCACUUUGUAUCAACAGACAUUCAUACAAAAUACACACUUACUGUCCGUGAUGGCAAUCCAAAUUAUAAUAUUUUGGUCUAAUAACCUUAUAAGGAUAAAACCUUCCAAUACAAAUAAAAACAAGUUGAAGCUCCCUUCGCUCAUUUUAAUAUUGA